CCUCACCUGCAGUUUAAAGGAUCGAGUGGAAUAGGAUUGGAAUGUUCAUUCACAUAGAAAAAUAACAAGGACUCAUCUCUAGGUCGUUCAUAGUUAGUUCAGCAUUCCAUACUUUACUUGAAAAUGAAGGACUAUGAAGAAAUGACUUCCUUUUUGGGAGAAUGGGGACCUUUCCAAAAGGUUAUUUUUGUUUUGCUCAGUUUAAGCAGUAUUCCUAAUGGCUAUGUUGGGAUGGCCAUGGUUUUCCUGGCGGAUAUCCCUCCACACCGGUGCAGGGUCCCCCAGCUGAACUUCAGUGGUUUUGGCCAGGAUUUGAAUUACUCCAUACCCUUACAGGAGGUAAAUGGAGAGAUCAUUUUAAGUCGUUGUACUCGGUUUAAAAAACAAGUGGACUCUGCUACCGGCUUUGGGAAUGAGACCGAGGGAUGCCUGGAUGGAUGGGAAUUCAGCAAAGAGCAAUACACGUCCACCAUAGUGACAGAGGUGAAACACAACUGGAUCCUUAAUCAUUUUUAUAUUCACGUUUCCCUAAUCUGUGAAAAUGUCUUCAUAAUCGUUCUCACAUUAUGUCUGCGCAUAGUGGGAUCUGGUGUGUGACGAUGCAUGGAAAGCCCCUUUCACCGUCACAAUAUUCUUUUUGGGAGUGCUGUCCGGGUCUUUUUUGUCUGGGAUAAUCUCCGAUAGGUAUGUGUUCCACUCUGAACUCAAUCAUAUCAUUAGAUACCUCCACACAUGAUUUGACUUGCUGGACUUGCCAAACAGUGGCAUGAUUUACUUUACUAUAGGCAGCUUUAAUGCAGAACCAGUUAGACAUUUUGAGAAAUAUAAUAUUUGAUCAAAAAGUUUGUCAAUGAAUGUGGUGGAUCAGGCUUGUUCACUACAUAAUUUAAAAGUUAGUGAAAACACUGCAUGAUUGAUCAAUUUAUUUUAUUUUAUUGCAGCCCCAAUAUCUCUAGAACUUUACAUCAAGGCAGCUAGUGCGUCUCUUGUUUCUCAAUAUUCUAUAAUGAUGAUAACACAGCAAGCAAGUGCAACAUUUAUUUUUUCCUCAGGUAUGGGAGGAGGUUCAUUUUCUUUGCUACUAUGGCACUCCAGACCGUCUUCAGUAUACUCCAGGCUGCCGCCAACAGCUGGGAGUUGUUCUGUGCCCUAUACUUUAUCGUUGGGAUGGGACAAAUUGCCAAUUACUGUGCUGCUUUCAUCCUUGGUGAGUCAAGCCAUAUACAACUUGCUGUAAUACAACAACAACAAAAAACAGAAUGAAAUAACUUGUUUUCUUCAUCAUAGGGAAGGAUAUCAGGCAAAUUCCUAAGUGCUUGAUAAUGUUGUGAGGUAUUGAGCAUUUUCUAUGUUUAUGUCCUCAACCUUUAGGUUCUGAGCUUCUCAUCAGAAAUGCACGCAUCAACUUUGCCUCACUGGGGGUCGCUAUAUGCUAUGCAAUCGGAUACACCGCUCUGCCAAUGUUUGCCUGGUUCAUCCGUAGUUGGAGGAUUCUGCUGAUAGCCCUGUCUGUACCUGGAUUUCUGUAUAUCCCUCUUUGGUGGUGAGUAUGAGUUAUGUAAUCUCUUGUUGUCCUUUUUUGUGUUCAGGCAGUGUGACACCAGUGCUAUUACAACAUAUGUCCUUAUCACACACAGUGUUUGGGUACUUUACUCCUUGUGUCCUCUGUUAGGUAUAUCCCUGAGUCUCCACGGUGGCUGUUGUCUCAGGGCAGGGUAAAGGAAGCCGAGGACAUCAUACGAGCUGCAGCAAGCAAGAACGGCAUCACUCCUCCAGACGUCAUAUUCAAACCGGAAGACUGUGAACAACUCAUGGUACAGUAGUUAGCUACAGCCUGUUUUGAAAUGUAUGGAUCUAGGAAAUGUGUGUUGAAUCAAAGAAGAGAUUGACAACCAAAGUAUGUUGUAGAUGUAAUACGAUGUGUGCGCAAAAGAGAAGAAAGUUCUGAGGGACCUAAAGUCUUGUUUCAGCUUAUAUCCAGACAGGGGUGGGAAAAGUACCCAAAAGUAAAGAUACCUAAAUAGAAAAUUACUCAAGUAAAAGUGAAUGUCACCCAGUAAAAUACUACUUGAGUAAAAGUAUCUGGUUUUAAAUAGACUUAAGUAUCAAGAGUAAAUGUAAUUGCUAAAAUAUACUUAAGUAUCAAAAGUAAAAGUAAACAGUGCCUUCGGAAAGUAUUCAGACCCCUUGACUUUUCCACAUUUCAUUACAGCCUUAUUCUAAAAUUGAUUAAAUUGUUUUUUUUCCCCCUCAAUCUACACACAAUACCCCAUAAUGACAAAGCAAAAUCAGGUUUUUAUAAAUGUUUGCUAAUUUAUAAAAUUAUACAUAAGUAUUCAGACCCUUUACUCAGUACUUUGUUGAAGCACCUUUGGCAGCGAUUACAGCCUCGAGUCUUCUUGGGUAUGACGCUACAAGCUUGGGACACCUGUAUUUGGGGAGUUUCUCCCUUCUCUGCAGAUCCUCUCAAGCUCUGUCAAGUUGGAUGGGGAGUGUUGCUACACAGCUAUUUUCAGGUCUCUCCAGAGAUGUUCGAUUGGGAUCAAGUCCGGGCUCUGGCUGGGCCACUCAAGGACAUUUAGAGACUUGUCCCGAAGCCAUUCCUGCGUUGUCUUGGCUUUGUGCUGAGGGUCAUUAUCCUGUUGGAAGGUGAACCUUCGCCCCAGUCUGAGGUCCUGAGCGCUCUGGAGCAGGUUUUCAUUAAGGAUAUCUCUGUACUUUGCUCCGUUCAUCUUUGCCUCGAUCCUGACUUGUCUCCCAGUCCCUGCCACUAAAAAAUAUCCCCACAGCAUGAUGCUGCCACCACCAUGCCUCAUCGUAGGGAUGGUGCCAGGUUUCCUCCGGACGUGACGCUUGGCAUUCAGGGCAAAGAGUACAAUCUUGGUUACAUCAGACAAGAGAAUAUUGUUUCUCAUGGUCUGAGAGUCUUUAGGUGCCUUUUGGCAAACUGCAAGUGGGCUGUCAUGUGCCUUUUACUGACGACUGGCUUCCGUCUAGCCACUCUACCAUAAAGGCCUGAUUGGUGGACUGUUGCAGAGAUGGUUGUCCUUCUGGAAGGUUCUCCUAUCUCCACAGAGGAACUCUGGAGCUCUAUCAGAGUGACCAUCGGGUUCUUGAUCACCUCCCUGACCAAGGUCCUUCUCCCCUGAUUGCUCAGUUUGGCUGGGCGGCCAGCUCUAGGAAGAGUCUUGGUGGUUGCAAACUUCUUCCAUUUAAGAAUGAUGGAGGCCACUGUGUUCUUGGGGACCUUCAAUGCUGCAGAAAUGUUUUGGUACCCUUCCCCAGAUCUGUGCCUCGACACAAUCCUGUCUCGGAGCUCUACGGACAAUUCCUUCGACCUCAUGGCUUGGUUUUUGCUCUGACAUGCACUGUCAACUGUGGGACCUUAUAUAGACAGGUGUGUAAUUUAACAAUGUGGAAAAAGUCAAGGGGUCUGAAUACUUUCCGAAGGCACUGUAAAUUAUUUAAGAUUCCUUAUAUUAAGCAAACCAGACAGCACAAUGUUCAUUUUUUUAUUUUAUUUUUAUAGACAGGGGCACACUCCAACACUCAUACAUCAUUUACAAACGAAGCAUUUGUUUUUAGUGAGUUUGCCAGAUCAGAGGCAGUAGGGAUGACCAGGGAUGUUCUCUUGAUAAGUGCGUGAAUUUGACAAUUUUCCUGUCCUGCUAAGCAUUCAAAAUAUAACGAGUACUUUUGGGUGUCAGGGAGAAUGUAUGGAGUAAAAAGUACAUAAUUUGCUUUAGGAAUGUAGUGGAGUAGAAGUAAAGGUUGUCAAAAAAUUGAAAUAGUAAUGUACAGAUACCCCAAAAAACUACUUAAGUAGUACUUUCAAGUAUUUUUACUUAAGUAAUUACUCCACUGUAUCCAGAACAGAAACCUUGUGAAAUAAAUUACUACAGCAGGCAAUUACUAGAGCACAGUAAAUGUUGGCAAAACAUGUUAUCUGAAAGUACAUAACAAACAGAGGAGAGGGAGACCAUGGCUGAGUUUCCUAGACCAAACUAAAGAUAUGCCCAGGUGUCAUUAAUCCAAUACACUGAUAAGUCAAGGUGUCUUGCUUAGUGAUUUGUAUUUGUCUAUGCAUUUGUCCCUAUUCAGCUGUAUGUGUUAUUAGAAUGUGUUUGUUAAUCAAUUUGCCAUUAGAUAAUUACAUCCAAGAUGGCGCUGAAAAUUCUAUUUCUAACAGCAUCACAUUUUGUGUGUGUUUCUAGGAAAAUAAAAAUAAGGAAAGUCAGCGACUGUACACUUGGCUGGAUCUCGUCAAAACAACCAACAUAAGGAACAUCACUCUCAUCAGCAUUAUCAUUUGGUAAAAAAAAUACUAAUUCCAAUGACAUGUUAACCAUUUUCCUCUAAUUGAAAGAUUAUAAUUUUCUUUAAAUUAUCCAAUCUUCUACCCAGGAUUGUCAUAUCCAUGACUUACUAUGGGAUGUCCCUAAACACCCCCAACAUGGAUGGAGACCCUUAUAUCAACUGUUUGGUGGCUGCAUCCUCUGAAUUUUUGGGUUAUGGAAGUAUCUGGUUAUUUAUACGCUACACUCCACGCCGAUUCACUCUUCCCUUCACCAUGAUCCUCUCUGGGACCCUGCUUCUACUCAUCAAGUUUAUCCCUCAAGGUAUGAACCCUCCCACCGCACGGCCAUUUCCGAUUAGUCAAUUUGAUAUAACUUUGCAAGAUUUUAGACUACAUCAACAGUAACUGGAAUACCAACAUUGACACUGAUUGAUUUGAUGACAUCAUAAUGAUGACAAAAGGUUUUGUUAGUAAUUAUUUACCUACUUUAGAAAUGUAAAUUCUAUUUCAAGUUGAAAAGUUUAAUUGCCACGUGCACAGGAUACAAUCGGUUUAAAACAGUACAGUGAAAUUCUUACUGUGAAAGCUCUUUCCAAACAGUGCAGUGAUAAUAAUAAUAAUAAUAAUAAUAAUAAUAAUAAUAAUAAUAAUAAUAAUAGAAACUAGAAGAAGAACAUUUAAGUAAGAAAAAAGUAUGAACUACUAUUCAAUGUGCAGGGUUGAGUGGUUGAGGUGGGUUUAUACAUACAGUUACUGGUAGUAGGAAAAGUGACUGGUAGCAGGAAUAUAUAAAUACAUAUGGUAAUAUACUGAAAGUAUUGACCUCCCUUGGCAUUUUUCCUAUUUUGUUGCCUUACAACCUGGAAUUAAAAUAGAUUUUUGGGGAGUUUGUAUCAUUUGAUUUACACACCAUGCCUACCACUUUGAAGAUGCAAAAUAUUUUUUAUUGUAAAACAAACAAGAAAUAAGACAAAAAAACUGAACUUGAGCGUGCAUAACUAUUCACCCCCUCCCCCAAAUUCAAUACUUUGUAGAGCCACCUUUUGCAACAAUUACAGCUGCAAGUCUCUUGGGGUAUGUCCUCUAUAAGCUUGGCACAUCUAGCCACUGGGAUUUUUGCCCAUUCUUCAAGGCAAAACUGCUCCAGCUCCUUCAAGUUGGAUGGGUUCCGCUGGGGUACAGCAUUCUUUAAGUCAUACCAUAGAUUCUCAAUUGGAUUGUGGUCUGGGUUUUGACUAGGCCAUUCCAAGACAUUUAAAUGUUUCCUCUUUAAACCACUCAAGUGUUGCUUUAACAGUAUGCUUAGGGUAAUUGUCCUGCUGGAAGUUCAACCUCCGUCCCAGUCUCAAAUCUCAGGAAGACUGAAUCAGGUUUCCCUCAAAAAUGUCCCUGUAUUUAGCGCCAUCCAUCAUUCCUUCAAUUCUGACCAGUUUCCCAGUCCCUGCUGAUGAAAAACAUCCGCACAGCAUGAUGCUGCCACCAUGCUUCACUGUGGGGGUGGUGUUCUCGGGGUGAUAAGAGGUGUUGGGUUUGCGCCAGACAUAGCGUUUUCCUUGAUGGCCAAAAAGCUCAAUUUUAGAGUACCUUCUUCCAUAUGUUUGGGGAGUCUCCCACAUGGCUUUUGGCGAACACCAAACGUGUUUGCUUAUUUUUUUCUUUAAGCAAUGGCUUUUUUCUGGCCACUCUUCCGUAAAGCCCAGCUCUGUGGAAGGUACGGCUUAAAGUGGUCCUAUGGACAGAUACUCCAAUCUCCGCUGUGGAGCUUUGCAGCUCCUUCAGGGUUAUCUUUGGUCUCUUUGUUGCCUCUGAUUAAUGCCCUCCUUGCUUGGUCCGUGAGUUUUGGUGGGCGGCCCUCUCUUGGAAGGUUUGUUGUGGUGCCAUAUUCUUUCAAUUUUUUAAAUAAUGGAUUUAAUGGUGCUCCGUGGGAUGUUCAAAGUUUCUGAUAUUUUUUUAUAACCCAACCCUGAUCUGUACUUCUCCACAACUUUGUCCCUGACCUGUUUGGAGAGCUCCUUGGUCUUCAUGGUGCCGCUUGCUUGGUGGUGCCCCUUGCUUAGAGGUGUUGCAGACUCUGGGGCCUUUCAGAACAGGUGUAUAUAUAUAUAUAUAUAUAUAUACUGAGAUCAUGUGACACUUAUAUUGCACACAGGUGGACUUUAUUUAACUAAUUAUGUGACUUCUGAAGGUAAUUGGUUGCACCUGAUCUUAUUUAGGGGCUUCAUAGCAAAGGGGGUGAAUACAUAUGAACGCACCACUUUUCCGUUAUUAAUUUUUUAGAAUUUAUUGAAACAAGUUAUUUUUUUCUUCAUAGCAAAGGGGAUGAAUACAUAUGCACGCACCACUUUUCCGUUAUUUAUUUAACAAGUAAAUUUUUUCAUUUCACUUCACCAAUUUGGACUAUUUUGUGUAUGUCCAUUACAGGAAAUCCAAAUAAAAAUCAAUUUAAAUUACAGGUUGUAAUGCAACAAAAUAGGAAAAACACCAAGGAGGAUGAAUACUUUUUGUAAGGCACUGUAUACAUGUAAACAGGAGUAAUAUUGGCCAGUAGCAGGUUAAAUAGAUAAAUACUAAUGGUAAUGGCAAUCAGUAAUCAAUGGACAGCAGCGUAAUGGAGUAAUAAAUCAAAUCAAUAAUAACUUUAGCAGCAGCUUGGUUAUGUCUGUGAGUGGGUAGAGACCUGUGGAUGGGCAUAGAGUUAGUGUGGAUAGUCUGUAGGAGAAGAAAAGCAGUAGUUGUUAGCCAUUUCACAGUCUUAUGGCCAGGGGAUUGAGGCUGUUUAAAUAAAAGCAAAUCACAUUUUAUUUGUCACAUACACGUGUUUAGCAGAUGUUAUUGCGGGUGUAGCGAAAUGCUUGUGCUUCUAGCUCCAACAGUGCAGUAAUAUCUAACAAGUGAUAUCUAACAAUAUCACAACAUAUACCCAAUACACACAAAUCUAAUUAAGGAAUGGAAUUAAGAAUAUAUACACUACCGUUCAAAAGUUUAGGGUCACUUAGAAAUGUCCUUGUUUUCUAAAGAAAAGCCAAAUCUCAGACUGGCCAAUAAAAAGAAAAGAGUAAGAUGGCCAGUCUGAGAGAUGGCUUUUUCUUUGCAACUCUGCCUAGAAGGUCAGCAUUCCAGAGUCGCCUCUUCACUGUUGAUGUUGAGACUGGUGUUUUGCGGGUACUAUUUAAUGAAGCUGCCAGUUGAGGACCUGUGAAGUGCCUGUUUCUCAAACUAGACAUUAAUGUAUUUGUCCUCUUGCUCAGUUGUGCACCGGGGCCUCCCACUCCUCUUUCUACUCUGGUUAGAGCCAGUUUGCGCUGUACCGUGAAGGGAGUAGUACACAUUGUUGUACGAGAUCUUCAGUUUCUUGGCAAUUUCUCGCAUGGAAUAGCCUUCAUUUCUCAGAACAAGAAUAGACUGACGAGUUUCAGAAGAAAGUUAUUUGUUUCUGGCCAUUUUGAGCCUGUAAUUGAACCCACACUUGCUGAUGCUCCAGAUACUCAGCUAGUCUCAAGAAGGCCAGUUGUAUUGCUUCUUUAAUCACCAGUUUUCAGCUGUGCUAACGUAAUUGAAAAAGGGUUUUCUAAUGAUCAAUUAGCAUUUUAAAAUGAUAAACUUGGAUUAGCAAACACAACGUUCCAUUAGAACACAGGCGUGAUGGUUGCUGAUAAUGGGCUUCUGUACGCCUAUGUAGAUAUUCCAUUAAAAAUCAGCCGUUUCCAGUUACAAUAGCCAUUUACAACAUUAACAAUGUCUACACUGUAUUUCUGAUCAAUUUGAUGUUAUUUUAAUGGACAAAAAAAUUGCUUUUCUUUCGAAAACAAGGACAUUUCUAAGUGACCCCAAACUUUUGAACAGUAGUGUACAUACAGUGGGGAGAACAAGUAUUUGAUACACUGCAGAUUUUGCAGGUUUUCCUACUUAUGAAGCAUGUAGAGGUCUGUAAUUUUUAUCAUAGGUACACUUCAACGGUGUGAGACGGAAUCUAAAACAAAAAUCCAGAAAAUCACAUUGUAUGAUUUUUAAGUAAUUAAUUUGCAUUUUAUUGCAUGACAUAUGUAUUUGAUACAUCAGAAAAGCAGAACUUAAUAUUUGGUACAGAAACCUUUGUUUGCAAUUACAGAGAUCAUACGUUUCCUGUAGGUCUUGACCAGGUUUGCACACACUGCAGCAGGGAUUUUGGCCCACUCCUCCAUACAGACCUUCUCCAGAUCCUUCAGGUUUCGGGGCUGUCGCUGGGCAAUACGGACUUUCAGCUCCCUCCAAAGAUGUUCUAUUGGGUUCAGGUCUGGAGACUGGCUAGGCAACUCCUUAGUUGCCAUGGCUGUGUGUUUCGGGUCGUUGUCAUGCUGGAAGACCCAGCCACGACCCAUCUUCAAUGCUCUUACUGAGGGAAGGAGGUUGUUGGCCAAGAUCUCGUGAUACAUGGCCCCAUCCAUCCUCCCCUCAAUACGGUGCAGUCGUCCUGUCCCCUUUGCAGAAAAGCAUUCCCAAAGAAUGAUGUUUCCACCUCCAUGCUUCACGGUUGGGAUGGUGUUCUUGGGGUUGUACUCAUCCUUCUUCUUCCUCCAAACACGGCGAGUGGAGUUUAGACCAAAAAGCUCUAUUUUUGUCUCAUCAGACCACAUGACCUUCUCCCAUUCCUCCUCUGGAUCAUCCAGAUGGUCAUUGGCAAACUUCAGACGGGCCUGGAGAUGCGCUGGCUUGAGCAGGGGGACCUUGCGUGCGCUGCAGGAUUUUAAUCCAUGACAGCGUAGUGUGUUACUAAUGGUUUUCUUUGAGACUGUGGUCCCAGCUCUCUUCAGGUCAUUGACCAGGUCCUGCCGUGUAGUUCUGGGCUGAUCCCUCACCUUCCUCAUGAUCAUUGAUGCCCCACGAGGUGAGAUCUUGCAUGGAGCCCCAGACAGAGGGUGAUUGACCGUCAUCUUGAACUUCUUCAAUUUUCUAAUAAUUGCGCCAACAGUUGUUGCCUUCUCACCAAGCUGCUUGCCUAUUGUCCUGUAGCCCAUCCCAGCCUUGUGCAGGUCUACAAUUUUAUCCCUGAUGUCCUUACACAGCUCUCUGGUCUUGGCCAUUGUGGAGAGGUUGGAGUCUGUUUGAUUGAGUGUGUGGACAGAUGUUUUUUAUACAGGUAACGAGUUCAAACAGGUGCAGUUAUUACAGGUAAUGAGUGGAGAACAGGAGGGCUUCUUAAAGAAAAACUAACAGGUCUGUGAGAGGCAGAAUUCUUACUGGUUGGUAGGUGAUCAAAUCCCUGCUGCAGUGUGUGCAAACCUGGUCAAGACCUACAGGAAACGUAUGAUCUCUGUAAUUGCAAACAAAGGUUUCUGUACCAAAUAUUAAGUUCUGCUUUUCUGAUGUAUCAAAUACUUAUGUCAUGCAAUAAAAUGCAAAUUAAUUACUUAAAAAUCAUACAAUGUGAUUUUCUGGAUUUUUGUUUUAGAUUCCGUCUCUCACAGUUGAAGUGUACCUAUGAUAAAAAAUUACAGACCUACAUGCUUUGUAAGUAGGAAAACCUACAAAAUCGGCAGUGUAUCAAAUACUUGUUCUCCCCACUGUAUAUGGACGAGCAAUAACAGAGCGGCAUGGACUAACAUACAGUAGAAUAUCAUAGAAUACAGUAUGUACAUAUGAGAUGAGUAAUGCAAGAUAUGUAAACAUUUUUUAAGUGACUAGUGUUCCAUUUCUUAUAGUGGCCAGUGAUUUCAAUAGGCAGCAGCAGCCUCUAAUGUGCUAGUGAUGGCUAUUUAACAGUCUGAUGGCCUUGAGAUAGAAGCUGUUUUUCAGUCUCUCGGUCCCAGCUUUGAUGCACCUGUACUGACCUCACCUUCUGGAUGAUAGCAGUGUGAACAGGCAGUGGCUCGGGUGGUUGAUGUCCUUGAUGAUCUUUUUGGUCUUCCUGUGACAUCGGGUGCUGCAGUGCCUGGAGGGCGGGUAGUUUGCCCACGGUAAUGCGUUCGGCAGACCGCACCACUCUCUGGAGAGCCCUGCGGUUGCGGACGGUGCAGUUGCCGUUCCAGGCGGUAAUAUAGCCCAACAGGAUGCUCUCAAUUGUGCAUCUGUAAAAGUUUAAAAGACUCCUGAGGUUGAAGAGGCUCUCUUGCGCCGCCUUCACCACACGGUCUGUGUGGGUGGACCAUGUCAGUUUGUCAGUGAUUUGUACGCCAAGGAACUUGAAGCUUUCCAGGAGUCUGUUUGUCUGAGCCUUGAUGAACUGGUACUGCCUGCUGGACGGAAGCAUGGAGAACAGUCCAUGUCUCAGGUGGCUGGAAUCUUUGGCCAUUUUUUGGACCUUUCUCAGACACUGCCUGGGAUGUAAGACAUCCUGGAUGGCUGUGAGCUCGCCACGAGUGAUGCGCUGGGCCAGACCAGACCAGAUGGUUAUGCAACCAGUCAUGAUGCUCUGAAUGGUGAAGCUGUAAAAGUUCCUGAGGAUCUGAGGGGCCAUGCCAAAUCGUUUCAGCCUCCUGAGGGAGAAGCGCAUUGCCAUGCUUUUUCACGACUGUUCUGGUGUGAGACGACCAUGUUAAGUCUUCAGUGAUGUGGGCACCGAGGAACUUGAAGCUCUUGACCCUCUCCACUGCGGCCCCGUCUGUGGAUUGAGGUGAGCACCCCCCACCUCUGUGUAGUCCGCGAUCAGCUCGUUGGUCUUGCUGAUGUUGAGGGAGAGGUGGUUGUCCUAGCACCACACUGCCAGUUAUUUGAACUCCUCCCUAUAGGCUGUCUCAUCGCCUUUGGUGUUCAGGCCUACCACCGUCGUCAUCAACCUUGAUGAUGGAGUUGGAGUCAUGCAUGACCACACAUUCGUGGGUAAAGAGGGUGUACUGAAGGGGGCUAAGCACACACAAAUGAUAGUCCCACUAAGCCCAAACCAGAUGGGAUGGCGUUUCGCUGUAGAAUGCUGUGGUAGCCAUGCUGGUUAAGUGUGCCUUGAAUUCUAAAUAAAUCACAGACCGUGUCACCAGCAAAGCACCCCCAGACCAUAACACCACCUCCUCCAUGCUUUACGGUGGGAAAUACACAUGCAGAGAUCAUCCGUUCACCUACACAGCAUCUCACAAAGACACGGCAGUUGAAACCAAAAAAUCUCCAAUUUGGACUCCAGACGAAAGGACAAAUUUCCACUGGUCUAAUGUCCAUUGCUUGUGUUUCUUGGCCCAAGCAGGUCUCUUCUUCUUAUUGGUGUCCUUUAGUAGUGGUUUCUUUGCAGAAAUUCGACCACAAAGGCCUGAUUCACACAGUCUCCUCUGAACAGUUGAUGUUGAGAUGUGUCUGUUACUUGAACUCUGUGAAGCAUUUAUUUGGGCUGCAAUUUCUGAGGCUAGUAACUUUAGUGAACUUAUUCUCUGCAGCAGAGGUAACUCUGGGUCUUCCGUUCUUGUGGCGGUCCUCAUGAGAGCCAGUUUCAUCAUAGUGCUUGAUGGUUUUUGCGACUGCACUUGAAGAAACUUUCAAAGUUCUUGACAUUUUCCGGAUUGACUGACCUUCAUGUCUUAAAGUAAUGAUGGACUGUCAUUUCUCUUUGCUUAUUUGAGCUGUUCUUGCCAUAAUAUGGACGGUCUUUUUCCAAAUAAGGCUAUCUUCUGUAUGCCACUCCUAUCUUGUCACAACACAACUGAUUGGCUCAAACGCAUUAAGAAGGAAAGAAAUUCCACAAAUUCACUUUAAACAAGGCACACCUGUUAAUUGAAAUUAAUUCCAGGUGACUACCUCAUGAAGCUGGUUGAGGGAAUGCCAAGAGUGUGCAAAGCUUUCAUCAAGGCAAAGGGUGGCUAUUUGAAGAAUCUCAAAUAUAAAAUAUAUUUUGAUUGUUAAACUUUUUUGGUUACUAUAUGAUUCCAUAUGUGUUAUUUCAUAGUUUUGAUGUAUUCACUAUAAUUCUACAAUGUAGAAAAUAAUAAAAAUAAAGAAAAACCCUUGAAUGAGUAGGUGUUCUAAAACUUUUGACUGGUAGUGUAGGUAUUCCUCUUGUCCAGGUGGGAGAGGGUAGUGUGGAGUGCAACUGAGAUUGCAUUGUCUGGUGGUAUGCACAUUGGAGUGGGUCUUGGGUGUCUCGGAUGAUGGAGGUGAUGUGUGCCGUGACCAGCCUUUCAAGGCACUUCAUGAUUACAGAUGUUAGUGCUGCAGGGCGGUAGUCAUUGUGUUAGGUAGCUUUGGAGUUCUUGGGAUAGGAAUGAUGUUGGUCAGCUUGAGACGUGGGGAUUACAGACUGGGACAAGGAGAGGUUGAAAAUGACUGUGAAGAUGCCUGCCAGCUUGUCUGCGCGUGCUCUGAGAACUUGCCCUGGAAUAGUGUGUGUUGAUCAGAUUGUAUGUGUGGGGCACAGAGACAUUGAUUUAAAAAUCAUGUUAAACACUAUUAUCGCACACAGUCCAUGCAUCUUAUUAUGUGACUUGUUAAUAAGUUCAGGAGUAAACAUUUGCUAAGGCUUGCCAUAACAAAGGGGUUGAAUACUUAUUGACUCAAGACAUUUCAGCUGUGUUUUUUAUUAAUUUGUAAAAAUAAAUGAAAAACAUAAUACCACUUUGACAUUAUGAGGUAUUGUGUGUAGGCCAGUGACAAAAAAAUAAUUAGAUAAUUGUUAAAUUCAGGCUGUAACACAACAAAUGUGGAAAAAGUCAAGGAGAGUGAAUACUUUCUGAAGGCACUGUAUGCUUGCUUGUGGGUUGAGUAACAGUGUUCUAGGACUUUAUCGUCCCUAGUUGUGAAGGAGACGUGUUGAUAAAAGUUGGGCAUCACAUGUCUUAGUGAAGCAGAAUUACAAUCGGCGGAAUUACAAUCCCAAGCCACUGUAGUGCACUUUUACAUAGAAUGAAAACGACAUAACAGCAUUCCAUUGGUCAUUUACUUGUCAAAAGAAACUGGAAAGGUUUGUCAAACUGGCUAAACAUUUUUGUUUUUCUGCAGGAUGGACAUUAAACUCUCAAAGGCACCUGCCCUUUGGAUUAAUCAGGAGACGGUAGAUGUCACAGGAUUUUUUCUUUCAGUGGAAAUGGCCAUCUUGAGUUGAGAAUACUGAGAUGUCAGAUAAAAAAAUCUACUUCCUGGGUUUAGCCAGUUUCACAAACAUUUUAAGUUUAUUUGGACAAGUAAAUUAGUUGCUAUGUAUGCUAAGGAGACUGGUCUUUAACAAAAGCAGAAAAAGCAGGAAUAUAUCCCAAGAUGGCCGAAAUGUUGGCCCAUCAAAAAUUUAUUGAGAUCUUAAAAGACAAAGAUGGCCAGUUGAAUGCGCGCAUCACACUAUAACUUCUGGACGGUUGAACUAGCGGGACAGUAAGCAGAACAUUGUGGGGCUCUGUCCUUGUGCAAGGACCCUGCAAUUCUGCUUGCAGCUUUAAUUUUGACACUGGAGUUCGAGUGUAUCUGGAUCAUCAUUAUUGUCAUCGGCCCACGCUAUGUUUAAUUUUGUGGGAACUUUUGUUUCUGUCUUUGUCAGACAUGCACGUCCUGUCUCUCACCAUGGUGAUGAUUGGAAAAACAGGUGUCACUGGAGCGUUUGGAUUCCUCUAUCUGUACGGCACAGAGCUCUUCCCCACAGUGGUGCGCAAUAUGGCUUUGGGUGCCACCUCCAUGGCUUCCAGAGUAGGUAGCACUGUGUCUCCCUACAUCGCCUACAUGGGUGAGUCUCCAGUUCGUGUGUCUGUUUGGUUUUACUAUCCUUGUGGGGACCAGAAGUCCUCGCAAGGAUAGUAAAACAAGGAAACAUUUAGGAAAAAAGGCUAUUUUAGGCUUAGGGGUUUAGGGUUAAAACAAUUAGGGUUAGGGGUCAGGUUAAGGUCAGGGGUUAGGAUUUUGAAUGGGAAUCAAUUGUUCGGUCCCCACAAGGAUAUUAAAGCAAACGUGUGGGUACCGGAAAUCUCCACAAGUCCCCACAAGGAUAGUAAAACAAGGAAAAUUCUCCCAUUGUGGGGACAUUUCCCAGGCCCCCCAUGAGGACAAAAGCUGUUUUAGGCUUAGUGGUUAGGGUUACAAUUAAGAUUUGGGGUAAGGGUUAGGGGUUAGGGAAAAUAGGAUUUUGAAUGGAAUUCAAUUUUAGGCCCCCACAAGGAUAGUAAUACCAAACGUGUGUGUGUGCAUUUGUCUAAAGAUUUGUCUAACAUUUCUCCGUGAUUUGUGGAUCCAAAUAAAGUGUCACACUUUCUUCUGAUUGAAGGCACGUAUAACAAGAUACUACCCUACAUUCUAAUGGGAGGCACCACAGUCAUCACUGGUGUGUUGAGCUUGUUGCUACCAGAAACAAAAGGCGAACAACUACCAGAAUUCAUCAACCAGGUUAAACCCCUCAGAUGGUAAGUUACUGGCUGACUAGACUUGCGUUGCCAGUCACUGAGUGGCAGACCGGUCUGUCUUACAGUAGUUUUUCUAUUAUCCCACCUUCUUUACACAAAGUCCUCUCUGCCCCCUAGCAUGGGCAUGAACCAGGAUUCUCGGGAUGGCCAGAGGCAGAAAGGAAACGCACAGGUGGGGAAUGAAGUCAACAAAAUUCAAGAGUGAUUCUGCACCAGCAACUCACUACAAAGCAAGUCACAAAGGCAAGCUGUAUUGUAGAUGAUGUUUCCAUCAUUUAGUGUGUUUUGCUUUGUAUGUAUGUCUUUGUAAAUUUACUAAUAAGUUUACAAUGUUUAAAUGAUUCUUGUAAUGAUUUACUCAACAUAUAACCAUGAGGAAUUUCAGUCUGGUGAAACUCAUUGACAACCCUACACUAGUUUAAAGAUGCUUAUAAUUUCAUGCCAAUUUUACCAUAAUAUUUUUUUUAUACCACACAAAUGAUCGAAAUGACAAGCUACUCUGACAUUUACAUACUGAGAUCAAUAAAAUGAACGACCCAUGUAUUAAAUGCAACCAAUACCAUAGGCCAAUGAAAAGAGUGUGGAGAAACAGAUUUUAGGCCUACAAUAUAAGGAGGAAAUUAUAGUCCACCAACUUUCCAGUGGCACUCCCCUAUUCAAACAUAUUUUUCCCGCAAUUGUGUUUUGAAAUAUUGCAAAAUACCUUCUAGCUACUGCCUGCUAUUCAUUGACAGCCACAACUCAACAGUCAGCUGUUUUAUAUUUGCUGCGCGGGCUGCCCGAUUGCGUGAUUCCCAACUGUAGACAAGGCCUAUGCGCUCAUAAUGCAGUGGCGA